AUGCUCGCAGAGGCCGGACGCAGUCUACUGGGGCAGUGCCCGCAUGCAACCAGUGCCAAGUACACAUGCACUGCAUCUGCCGGAGAUGUGGCGCCCUUCACUGUAUGCCUGAACCUCUGCCCCAGCUCCAGCCCAGACCCCUGCUCCCCUUGCGGCAACCCAGCCGUCACCUGCUCAGAGGUUCUGGCUCAGAGGAGUGGCAGUCGUCCGGUGGCGUUCACUGCCACCCUCAGAAACUACCAGUACGGUGACAUCUGCUUUGCCGCUGCACCACCGCUAGGCCAGACCACUCAGGAGAGCGGCGGCGGCGGCCUGCCAGCCGUUGCAAACCCAGGCCCGGCCAGCGGACCUGCUCCUGUCUAUGCUGGGAUUGCCCCUGCUCCAGCGCCGACUCCAUAUGGGCGCUGA